CGUCGAUGUUGGUCCUAACUUAGCAUCCGUACGUCUGCCUGUUCUAAAUAUGAAUUAACGUAGCUAGCAAGCGAGGAUCAAGACCCCUACCCCGUCGCUCGCCAAAACGUGUAGAGGUGAAUGCCAAUAGUCCAUGUUUGUAGCUCGCUCCUUGUUCAAAAUGUCAAGUCCCAACCCUUUGGCGAGGCUGGAGCAGCGAGCCGCAGAGGCUGACCAGAUCAUCGAGUACCUCAAACAGCAAGUCCAGUUGCUCAAGGAGAAAGCCAAUGUCCAGGCCAGCAUCCGAGAGGAGAAGAAACUGCUGGUGGAAAACGCUAAGCUGAAGCAGGACAUAGAAGACUUGAAAAAACAGCUGUUGGAAAAAGAGAAGAGGAGGGGAGUGCGUGAUGUUGCUGUGCCUUCAGUGGAAGUCUCUGUGAAUUCUAAUGCUACACCAUCUCAACCUGCUGCCCCUGCACACGCUGUCAGCUCUGCCACCAAAGUCCAGAGUCCUCCACCUAAAGAUGAAGGGAAUGUUAAGAAAAAGCCAGAGAAAAAAGAGAAAAAGCCACAGCAGGUGGCGACAGCCGGUCAGGACGACACUAAGGUGGACGUGUCUCGGCUGGACAUGCGAGUUGGACGCAUUGUGACGGCGGAGAAGCACCCGGACGCAGACAGUUUGUAUGUGGAGCAAGUGGAUGUCGGGGAAGCUCAACCCAGAACAGUGGUUAGCGGGCUCGUCAAGUACGUGCCUUUGGAUCAGAUGCAGAACCGCAUGGCAAUUCUACUAUGUAACCUAAAACCUGCCAAGAUGAGAGGGGUGACGUCCCAGGCCAUGGUUAUGUGCGCCAGCUCGCCAGAGAAGGUGGAAAUCCUUGAUCCUCCAAGCGGUGCCGUGCCAGGGGAUCGAGUCACUUUCCAGGGCUUUCCAGGUGAACCCGACAAAGAGCUGAACCCCAAAAAGAAAGUGUGGGAACAGAUUCAGCCGGACCUGCGCACAGACGACCAGUGUGUGGCGACCUACAAAGGGGCGCCGUUCGAAGUGGCCGGCAAGGGAGUGUGUCGGGCACAGACCAUGAGCAACAGCGGUAUAAAAUAAAAGAUGAGCCUUUCCAACGGAAGUGAAAAAGAAUUUGAAGGGCUUCAAUAAAAUUUUGGUCAUCUUCCUUACGUGAGUCGUAAUGUUUAUUUUCCCUGAAAAGACAGGCUAUAUGAUUAUGUACAGCAUGAGAUGUAGCCAUGGUGGUUAUUGGGUGUUGAACUGGUUGCCAACCAAUCUGAGGGCACAAAUAAAACAAAAACAGUACUACUAUUCUUCAGUUAGCUGUACCAGCAUAUUUUUGAGUUGGUUAACUCCACAAAGGGAAGCGAGAUGUCCAAACUCGACAUUGUUUUCACUGUUCUACAGUCAAAGAU